UAUGACCAGCCACCUCUUAGCUCUUUUUCUCUCUGUAAUUGCUGUUAUCCUACCCCUGAGAUAUGGCUGCAGUGACAUUAGUGGAGGACACUGCGUGCGUGCCCAUUCCCGACCCUUCAUGGCUGCCAUCCAGAUAAAGAAUACAACUGUGUGUGGAGGAGUUCUUGUGAGAAAGAAGUGGGUUUUGACAGCAGCACAUUGUGAGAAGCAAAGAUCGGAUAUUAGGGUUGUUCUUGGAGCCCAUCAGGCAUUCAAAGCUGAAAAAGAACAACAGAGAUUUAAGAUCGUGCACUUCUUUUCUCAUCCCCUGUUUAACAGAUCUUCAAAGGAAAAUGAUAUAAUGCUCCUCAAGCUGGAUCGUAUGGCAAAUCUGAAUAAAUAUGUGAAAUGUUUGUCCCUUCCUGACACUGGUGAAGAUAUCAAACCUGGCUCAAGGUGCACAGUGGCCGGAUGGGGAGAAACGUCUCCAAGAAAGCUGCCAAAAUGUCUUCGGGAAGCAACUGUUAAAAUUGUUGAUAGAAAAGACUGUGAGAGAAAAUAUAAUAAAAAGCAAAAAGUCUUGAAGAUAACCAGGAACAUGUUGUGUGCUGGAGAGAAAAUUAUGUUUUCAAAGAGAGAUGCUUGCAAGGGAGACUCAGGUGGGCCACUCAUCUGUGGCAGAAAAUACAGUGGGAUUGUUUCCUUUGGAGAAAAAUGUGGAAUGGGAGACAAGCCUGGAGUUUACACGCGACUGACUGAAAAAUACAUUGACUGGAUUAAAAAAACCAUUUCUCUUAAUGGAGAGGCAUGAGACAGGCAAGACAGCCCCAGUAAAUAGAGAGCUGUGCUUCAGCUGCCUUGGUGUGCCAACUGGUGUGCCUUGGCGUGCUUCCUGGCAUUACACCUUUACAAAUCACAGCUUUCUGAGUUUAAAAGGCACCAGUAUUCCCUUUUGUACAGAUAAUAUUUGUUCAUCUUCAGUAGGAAAUUGCCUCUUAGAUAACUCAGUUUGUGAUUUCACCCUGACUUUUAGUUUGACUGGAAAGUGAUAAGUCACCUUUUUCAUUGUGGCUGUGACAGGACAAAAUUUUUGAAUGUGUUUUCACAGAAAAAUUCCGUUUUUGACUGAUAGUGAGUAUGACAUCUGUUGAAUGAGAAAAAUUAGUAAAAAAAGUUCUAUGUUCAAGUUUAAAUGUUCAAGUACUUCAUUUUUACAUUUUAAAAAACCAAAUACUUUAACUAUUACGGAAAAUUUCUUUAACUAGAUUCAUUCUCGGAACGAAAAUAAAAAGCCAGCAAACAUUUUUCCAAUUUAUCUUCCAUAGAUAGCACGAAAAAAGAGUAACUAUUCAUUAUAAUGGGUGUAAUUACACUUCUCUAAUACCGUGUCUGUCUAACAGCUAAACAGAGAUUUUAGAUUCUGUGGUGGAUUUCAACAGACUUCUAAUAACAGACUUACCUCUGUGUUUCUGAAUAAGCCUGUGGUUGGCUUGCUGUAUUCCCAUUGUCUCCUGAGCAUUCUUGAGUUUCUUUCUUUCCAAUUACUUGGAAGUGACAAUCUACAGAGUUUCUGCAGUUCUUUUGUUAUCAUAUUAAUACUGUGGAUUUUGGGGUCAUUC